AUGGCCCGCGCCCGGCCCUCACGCCCCGGGCUGCGCGCAGCACCCAGGACCCCCGGGCCGGGCGCGGGCCGGCGGUCGGCAAAGUUGAGGCCGGGCCGCGGGUGGUGGGCACUGCUGUUGCUCCACCUGCACUUGCUGCGGGCGCUGGCGCAAGAUGACGUUGCACCCUACUUCAAAACGGAGCCGGGCCUGCCCCAGAUCCACCUGGAAGGGAACCGCCUCGUGCUCACCUGCCUGGCUGAAGGGAGCUGGCCUCUGGAAUUCAAGUGGAUCCGGAACGACAGUGAGCUCACCGCCUACAGCAGCGAAUACAGGUACAUCAUCCCCUCUUUGCAGAAGCUGGACGCUGGGUUUUACCGCUGCGUGGUGCGGAACAGGAUGGGAGCUCUCUUGCAGAGAAAAUCAGAAAUUCAAGUAGCAUAUAUGGGGAACUUCAUGGAUGCAGACCAGAGGAAAACUGUUUCUCAAGGACACGCGGCACUUCUAAACCUACUGCCUAUCAUCAGCUGCCCCAGACCUCAAGUGACAUGGUUCAGAGAAGGACACAAGAUCAUUCCCAGCAGCAGAAUGUAAGUUGCUCCAAAGGCAGACGUAAUUCAUUGCACGUGCGUGUACCAUGCUCUUAGUAAGAGAGAGGACGGCUAAGUGACCGG